AUCAUUUGUUUAUUGUUAGCAUUGGCUGCCGUCAGCACCUUUGCUCAACUCUCCACCCUCGACAGACCAGUCCACGAUCACACCUUGAUCCAAAAGAUCAAUGCUGACUCUAGCAUUGGUUGGACCGCCGCCGCCUAUCCGCAAUUCGCUGGAAUGACCUUGCGCGACGCUCGUAAAUUGUUGGGUACCGUCUUGGUUCAUCCAAUCAACAAUUUGCCAAAGAAGACAAUGCCAGCUAAUUUGAAGGCUGCUUCCUCAUUCGAUGCUAGAACCAAGUGGGGCAAGUGUGUUCAUCCAAUUAGAGAUCAACAACAAUGUGGAUCAUGUUGGGCUUUCUCUGCUUCUGAAGUCUUGUCUGAUAGAUUCUGUAUUGCUUCAAAUGGUUCAGUUGAUGUUGUCUUGUCACCAGAAUACAUGUUGCAAUGUGACUCUACUGAUUAUGGUUGUGAUGGUGGUUAUUUGAACAAUGCUUGGGCUUUCCUUGCUGGUACUGGUAUUCCAUCUGAUAAGUGUGAUCCAUACACUUCUGGUAAUGGUGAUGUUGGUUCUUGCCCAACUUCUUGUACUGAUGGUUCUGCUAUCAAGCUCUACAAGGCCAAGUCUUCCUCUGUUGCUCAAUUGAGUUCUAUUGAUGAUAUUCAAAAGGAUAUCCAAGCAAAUGGCCCAGUUCAAGCUGCUUUCUCUGUUUACCAAGAUUUCUUUUCGUAUAAGUCAGGUGUCUAUAGACAUGUUUCUGGAUCUUUGGCAGGUGGACAUGCCAUCAAAAUUGUUGGUUGGGGUGUUACCUCUGAUGGUAAGGAUACUCCAUACUGGAUUGUUGCCAACUCAUGGAAUACCAACUGGGGUCAAGAAGGUUUCUUCUGGAUC